UCAGUACAGCACUUGAUGAGUACUCGCACUAUAAUGUGCAGUAGGCCAUGCAUUUUAGCGUAUUAGCAUCGAGUGUCGGUAGUUUGUAUAUCCUAAUACCAUAAGUCAAAACAAGGAGACGCGAUAAAAACACCUAGGCGCCUUCUUCUGCUCCUUCGUCCCGAAACUCGUGUGCUGCGCGUGUGUACAUCACCCAGUGUGUGUUGCUCCAAUUUUCACUACGAGCGACUGCCUUAUCCAGCUGCCUGUGUGUGUAUAUCGCUCUACCUGUGCGCGAAUUGUGUGUGUGCGUGUGCAUGUACAAGUGACUUUACAAGUGUCCACUCGAUCUCGCCCGCGAGCAGCACCUCCUCGACUGAAAAAUAAAAUAAAAUAAAAUAAAAAGAAAAACAUGUCCACACACAAGCCGCACCACCACGCCAACGUCAACAGCAAUAUCGUUGCUGUUAAGAGCAAGUUCGAUGCCGAUAUCAUUCGUUUUUCCACCUCGUCUUGGACGUCCACCAGCUAUGAGGAAUUUAGGAAACUUCUUGCCCAGGAGCAUGACAUACCACCUGAAAUGGGAUUUGAUAUAUGGUAUACAGACCCCACCGAUGGAGAUCUACUGCCUAUCAACAAUGAUAAUAAUUUGGCUAGGGCACUUGUUGCUGCUAAACCCCUGUUGAGAAUUCUUAUCCAAAGACAGGGAGAUGGUCUGGAAGAUAUCAAUGGAUACAAUACACUAAAGCCUAAGAAUCUUAUAUCUAGUAUAUUGGGAGGCACACCCGGAAAGCCUAAACCACUUGCUAUAUCAAAUCCUCAUGAUUUUCGUCAGGUAUCAGCAAUUAUAGAUGUAGAUAUAUUACCUGAAACUUGUCGACGUGUUAAACUUUUGAAGCACGGUUUGGACAAACCACUUGGAUUUUAUAUCAAAGAUGGAGAGAGCUAUCGAGUAGGUCCAGGAGGAGGUAUAGAAAAAGUUCCUGGUGUAUUCAUAAGCAGACUUGUGCCAGGAGGAUUAGCUGAAGGCACUGGUCUAUUGGCAGUGAAUGAUGAAGUUUUAGAAGUAAAUGGUAUCGAAGUAGCUGGCAAAACAUUAGAUCAGGUGACCGAUAUGAUGGUAGCCAACUCGUCGAAUCUGAUUAUCACGGUAAAACCAGCGAAUCAACGUGCUGCUUUGGCCGCUCCGAGACGCGGUUCCUACUCUCGUAACUCGCAGCUGUCUUCGGGCAGUCAACAGUCGAUGCAGAGCGCAGCAACAGGUAGUGACGAAGACGCCGAUGAAAUUGUCGAUUUGACUGGCGUCAACAUACACGACGACGCAGCCAGUGGCGAUGGUUCAUCGACCGGACACCAUCACCAUCAUCACAAUCGCUUCACGCAACAUGACCAAGGUGUUUUGCAUCUCUAGAGCUGGGCUCCUAUGCUCGCAAGGAAAUAAUUAAAAUACUGUCUUGCUUUCAAAAAGCCAACAAUUUACACUUGAAAUAUGUAUCAAACUGAGCGAAUUUACUCGCUUAAUUAGAUACUUUAACCAACUUUUUAACAAAUGGCCUUUGCCGUAAAUGAAUUAAGAAAGGGAGAAGAAACAAAGUUUCAUCAUUGUUAGAUAAAAAUGAAAUUGAUUGACUAUGACUCGAGAAAUUAUUGAUUAUAAAUCGUCAUGUUGACGAGGUGAUCGAAAAAAUGAUCAGCUAUCUCGAAUGUUUACUUACUUUUAUGAAAAACUUCUCAAGUGUACUUAAAAAGUAAUGAUGCCUUACGGUUUUACUUAAGCGUAGAGGUAAUUUUUAAUUAGUAAUUAAAUUCUCUCUUUUACCUUUUUUAUUUUGAUCGCUUUACGAUGUGUGCUUUUAAACGAUAUUCCGUUAUCACAUCGGUUCGUUAUUUAGAUCAUUUAAAAGUGAGUAAUCUUUAAUCCAUAUAAAUUUAGUUUAUAUAGAUUGUACUUAUUUAUUAGUUGUAUGCUAAUUUAUAAAAAGCUUAAAUAAGCGGUAAUUUUAUGAUCAAGCAGUUUACCGAAAAUCUUUUAAUUCCGGAAUAUAGUCUAAUACGUAUACAUUUUGAGAGUAUUAUCGCAGUAAUUAUUUUCAUGCAAUGUUAUGUUGAUUCCGUCUAAAUUUUUGAUUAAUGAAUAUCAAUUUCAAAUUAAUCAUUCUUUUACCUAUAGAUGUAAUCUUUUGAUAGUAUUUGCUUUACUUUUUUUAAUGAACCGAUCAAAUUUUAAUUAAACUCGAGGCUUUGAUUUCGAGAUUAUUAUCAUAUUAAUGAACUGCAUUUUCAUAAAUUGACGUGAAUUAGUUUAUGAUUUAAUUUAUUGGGUAUUUUUAUCCUGCAUUUUUUAUUAUAUAUAAUUUAAAAAAUUAAAAUAUCAUGCACAUUUUGUAUAGUAUGCUAUGAAUUUUAAUUUGAAAUUUGAUAUGUCAGGAAGAAAAACUGAAUAUUUACUUAACCGAAUUAAAUAAUUAAUUAAAACUCAUAUAAUCUAUACAUGUAUGGGUGCAAACAUAUCGUUUUUCAAUACAUGAUUUUUUAAUGAAAAUUGUUUGAAACUCUUGUGGGUCAUUGGGCCCUCUUGUGGUUUGUAAGAGUUGAUUAUGAGAGAAUGCAUGAGUCACUAUUUAGCAAUAAAUUGUACAUAUAUAGUUUCAAGGGAACCAUUUCACUAUAAUAUUAAUCAACUGUGGAGAGGCCUUUCAUCAAAUAUUAAAUUGUAAAUAAAUAAAAAUUGAUAAUGAAAUAAAACUAGUAUUCAGACGAAUUUUUAAUAAUUGAAAAAUAGUGAUUCUCUUUGUAUGUACUUCGAAAAAAAAGGAAGAUUUUCAAUGUCGAAUAUGAUUGUUAUCUGAGAAUGAGUUGUGCACUAUUGACUGUAAAGGUCAGGUCUUUUUAUCAUGUACAAAUGAAUUACAUUGGCAAUCGAUUAACAUGUGUUUUAGAGUCUUUCUAUUGAAAAUGAUGUUGAAUGUGCAUGGUGCUUUUGUAAAAAAGAGUAAAGUCAUAAGAAUUGUAUUGUAUCAUGUUUGAAUUUCGAAAGCUACUUACAAGUUGAUGCGUUCGAUUAAUCUCUACUUGUUAAUUGGUGAGCAAUAGAUAUUCCAAUUGUAUAUAUUGUAUAUUAACUUUACUUUUUUAUUUGAAGGCAGUCCACUGCAAUUUAUACAGAAAGUAUAUCGAUAAUAUAUUAUUUUUACGGUCAUUUAUUAAUAUAUUAUUAGCAUAUCGACUAUUUUUUUAAAUUAUCCGUUGCAUAUCCGUAUUUAUUUAUAUUUAUAACAAACGAGUUAGGGUUGUCCAAUGACAUGGGUGGAUGAUUAAUUUUUUUAUGG